GGCCCAACAUCCGCAGUCAGCCAGUCAGUCAUUCAAUCAUUCAGUCAUUCAGUGCCCGGUAAAAUAGUGUCCGCCCGUCCGUUCAAAGCUCAAUUCGCAUGAUGAAUCGAAUGGUUGCGUUACUAGUGGCAGCUAUAAUUGCUGUUACAGCUAUACAUGCGGAAGAGGAAUUGGUGGCGGUCGUCCAUCUGGUAUCAUUUUCCUCAAGAAAUGUCACGGGUAACUUGAAGAUUGUUCAAACUCCCCUGGACGGACCCGUUACAAUUACUGGCAAGAUCUUCGGACUCACAGAAGGAUCACACGGUUUUCAUGUGCAUGAAAAGGGAGAUUUGAGUGAGGGUUGUAAAUCCGCGGGAGCGCACUUUAACCCUGAGAACAACACUCACGGCGCCCCGGAAGACACUGUCAGACAUGUCGGCGAUCUAGGAAAUAUCGUGGCCAAUACUGAGGGAGAAGCGAUAAUAAAUAUUACUGACAAUAUCAUUUCGCUGAGAGGAUCGAAUAGCAUCGUGGGACGGUCCAUAGUUGUACAUUCUGAUGAAGACGAUCUUGGCAAGGGCAAUCAUUCUCUUUCUUUGACAACCGGAAAUUCUGGCGAUCGCUGGGCCUGCGGUGUCGUUGGCAUCGAAAAAAUCUGAGGUACUUCGAAGAAAAAUGUCAACAGUCGACGGAAGAGAAACAAAAAAGGAUCAAUACUACUCGUAGAUUUGAUUAGGAAUUUGCUCUGUUUAGAAUUGACUCAAUAUUGUUUAAACGUUACUUUCUAUGUGAUACUUUCUUUAUGAAAUGACUUGUUGUAUACAUUUUAUAUGAUUUGUAAAAGAAUUUUGUCAUUUGUAAUAAAUUGAAAUGGAUGUAGAAUUAUAAUAGGAACGACACGUACGCUAUGUAAAUGUGUUGUAACUUUUUUUCUGUUUGUUGAUUCGUAGCGUGUCUAUGUUUUGUACGUAAAUUGUUGAUGAUACAUUAACAAAUGUUUUGUUCCUCUGUGUUAUUUCCUCAAUAUAUCCCCUCUUGUUCUACCCGAUCGCUUUUUUGUGCUUUGAUAAGAAAAAUAUCAAUAAUAUGUUUUUAAAAAUAUAUAUUAAAAAUAUAUACUAUGCUGUAAGCGCAAUAUGAAAA